ACUAACAGAGCAAGGUCAGUGUUCGGAUUCAUCGAAGGCAGUUUGCAACUUCUAUGGAAUACAUUUCUACAUUCAUUCCGCUUCGAGCCGUCUCCGAUGAGUUUUCCUAAACAAUCUGCAGGCACUGACGAAAAGGUUCCGAGGACUUACAGAGGAGGGGAUUUCUCUUUGCUAGAACCGGCAACGAUAGGAGUCUCGAGGGGUCCCUAUGACAACCCCCUUCCUUGCUUUGGCUGCGGGAUUGGAUGGUUCUCGUUUAUAGUAGGGUUCGUUUUUCCUCCAUUCUGGUUCUAUGCUACUGUUCUUUAUCUAGGAAAUUAUUACCACAAGCACCCGAGGGAACGAGUCGGCCUAGCAGCAUCGGCAAUUGCUGCUAUGAUAUGCUUGGUGGCCGUUCUCAUUCCCGUGCUCGUGGUUUUCUGUUUGCGUGCCACUCAAUGGCAUUGAAUGAUUUAGUAACAAUAUGUAGUGGCUGCAUGUAAAAUAAGGAUAUGUUUCUUUAUGCAUAUGAAAGAGUCCCAACUACUUCAUGAUGAUUAUUUCUGAAAGCCGAUGGCCUAUAAAUGUAUAUAUGGCAUUAAAUCUUCCGAUCUAUAAGAUGCUCUUAUGGUUUUCACAAGAAUGUCUUUUCUGUCGCUAUUAGGAGCAGUCUCAUGUAAGCAGAUAAUGUUAGACUUGAAUAAGUAAAGAAGGAUUUUGUAGAUAGAAGAGUAACAAUGAUGAACAUACGAAUAU